CUCCCCUUCGCGAUUCAACCUACUCCAUGCGGUGUGCGUGUGCUGUGUGUGUGCUUGCUGUGUGUGUACUCUGGAUACAUGUCUACUUGCUGAUACCCAAUUCUGCUAGCAGGUCUUCCGUGCUCGGCUGGAUACCUUCUCUCCUCUGGUACACACGCCAGAGUCUCGAUUGCCGCUUCUCCUCCAGUCUAGCGCUACUUGUGGCAGUGCUGGUUAGCCACCCUACUCCACUCUUCUCUACCGACUCUCCUCGCCUCUAGCAAGUCGCGAUCCUCUGCUCGGGCCCAGCGUUCUGUACUCUACAGAGACAGAGAAGAGCGAGAAGCAGGAGUUGCGGAGACGCAGAGUUUGGAAACCUGUUGCGACAAGCGUGCGGUUGUGCAAAUUUGUGCGGGCAAGGGAGGGAGGGGCCGGGGAGG